CUUCCCAAAUUCAUUCUGCUCUUCUCUAGGGUGUGGAUUUGCGUUGAUCCCUCCCCUCUCUCUCUCUCUCUAUCUCUUAUUAUUCCCUUUUUACCCUUUUUUAGGGUUUCGGAUUCCAUUUCAAUGGCCGCCGCUGAUGUUGAGUUUCGUUGCUUCGUGGGUGGCCUUGCCUGGGCCACUGACAGUCAAGCCCUAGAGGAAGCUUUCUCUCCUUAUGGCCAUAUCGUGGAAGCGAAGAUCGUCAACGACCGUGAUACUGGAAGGUCGAGGGGAUUUGGAUUCGUGACUUUUGCCGAUGAGAAGUCCAUGAGAAGUGCUAUUGAAGGAAUGAACGGCCAGAACCUCGAUGGCCGUAAUAUCACCGUCAACGAGGCGCAGGCCAGAGGAGGCGGCGGAGGCGGUGGAGGUGGAUACAACCGUGGUGGCGGCGGUGGUGGAUACGGCGGUGGACGCCGUGAGGGUGGUUACAACCGUGGUGGCGGUGGCUAUGGCGGUGGUGGAGGUGGAUACGGAGGAGGUGGUUACGGCGGUGGGCGCCGUGAAGGUGGAUAUGGCGGUGGUGAUGGUGGUUCCCGGUACUCCAGGGGUGGAGGCGGCGGCGGAUCUGAAGGAGGCUGGAGAAACUAGGUGGCGGCGGCGGUGGGGCGUUAUGAUAUAGCUUUUGGGUUGGAAGUUUUAGUGUGGUGAAAUCCUAGCAGCCUCUUUGUUUUCUUUUGUGAUGCUUUUUACUGUUCCGUUUGGUGCCUCUCUUUUUUGACCGAUGACCGAUGACCGAUGGGUUUCGUGUUCCUCAUUGUCGCUCUAUGUUACAAGGAAAAAAAAUAUUACAUAAGAAAAUGAAGUGCAGCUCUUCGUUCUCA